UCAAAGAAAAAGAGAGGGGAAAGAAGGAACAGAAAGAGAAGGAAAAGAAGGAAAAUGAACUUAGGAACAAAUUUAAGAUCACAGGUGAUGAGGAAGUAAUGUACCAGGCUGAAGUGAUUGAAAGCUGCAAGGGUCGUAAAGAUGACCUUGCAGUGAAAUCAGGAGAGGUUCUUGAUAUCAUCUGCACCACAGACUGUCCAAAAGGAAAAUGGCUGGCCAGAGACUGUACCAAAACAUAUGGUUAUAUUCCGGUGGAGAAUUUGAAGCUCGAUAUCCAAGAGAUGCUGGUAAUGGGGAAAAAAGCUAAAUCUACAAAUAAAAUCAACAACGUUGGCAUCACAGACACUGAGGUUACAGAUGGCAGAUCUCCAAACCAUUUUACCUACCAAGAGAGCUUUGAGGACGAUAGUGAGGAGUGGGCUGAGGAUGAUGACACACAAUUUCAUCCAACAAUUGACACAGAAUUGCCAGCUUUCUCAGCAGCAGCGAGAUCAGUGAAAGUUCCAGGCCAUCAAUCACAGACUAAUGUACAUGAUAAUGUUCAAGCAAAAAAUGAAGCACUUCAGAAACUGACUACCUUCUUUGCACAGCCUAAAAUGCCUUCACCAAGCAACGGCAGAAUACCUCAAAUGGACACAGAUUUUCAGAUCCUUCCUCCACCGGAUCUGUAUGCUGACAUCAUCAUGGGGUAA